AUGAGAUUUGAAAGCAAAAGAAGCAGCCAAAGUUAUGUAACUGCAAAGAGUUAUGGGAUCACACCUAUCCUGUUUUUGCUAGUUUCAAGCUUGCUAAAUAUAACCCCAUCCUGGGCUUCCCAAUGUGCAUCACCGCAGGAAGAGAAAGGCUCACCUUCAAAACAACAGUUAAGUCUUCCUGUUACAGCAAAAAUGAAGGGUGGUGUUAUCUUAGUUUUGGUGGUGGUAGCCAUGGUUCAGUUCAUGGUUAAGCCUGGAGUCCAGGCCGCCGUAACUUGUCAACAAGUUGUUGAUGCUUUGGAACCCUGCGUUCCUUUCCUUACCUCAGGGGCCGGGAAUCCCACGGUGGCGUGCUGCGACAGUGUGGGGAGGCUCAAGAAGAUCGCUCAAACCCCCACUGACAAGCAAGAAGCUUGUACCUGUGCUAAGGACGCUGCUGCUCGCCUCCCCGCCGUGAAGGAAGACGACGCCGCAUCUCUCCCUGCUAAGUGA